AUGAAUAAUAAUCUUAAAAGUAAUAGUAAUAAUAAAGAAGAUCAAUUAAUUAGUGAAGUUAAUGGUACCACCACUAAUCAAUAUGUAUUAUUAGUAACAACAGUCGGAGGAAUUGUAAUUGAGUUAUUCAAUGAUCAAUCUCCAGGCAUCGUCAAUAGAUUCUUAGAACAACUUAAUCUUCAUAGAUACAACGACACUCUCAUACAUAGAAUAAUAAAAAGUCUAUUCAUUCAAACCGGUAGAUUUAGUUUAAAUAAUAAUAAUAAUAACAAUAAUAAUAAUAAUAAUAAUAAUAAUAAUAAUAAUACAAUAACAACUACUACUACUACAACUACAGUACCAUCAUUAUUUACAAAAACCAAUACAUUCAUUGAAAAUUCAUCUUACUUCUUUAACGAUGACCUCGAUCAGGAUGAUAUCGAUGAACAAUUGGAGAUUACAGAUGAUAAAGAGAAGGCUGGUGGUGGUAGUGUUCAUUUAGAUCGUGAAUUCAAGAAGCUACUUAAAGAGAAGAAUAUGCCAACAAACGAUGAUAACUCACCGAUUGAACCAAUAUUAAUAACAGAUGUACAUCUUCUAAGUGAAUUUAAAGAAGAAACCGUACAAAAUGCAAUAACAACAACCACUUCGACAACAAAAAACAACAACAACAGCAAUAACAAUAUUGAUAAUAACAACAAUAAUAAUAGUAAUAAUAGUAAUAAUAGUAAUAAUAGUAAUAAUAGUAAUAAUAGUAAUAAUAGUAAUAAUAGUAAUAAUAAUAGUAUUUCAUCAACACCUAAAUUAGAAUUUGGUGAAACACCUUUGAAAAGAGCAUAUAAUAGUACUUUUAAUUUGAAUGAUGUUAAUGUUAAUAGUAGUAAUAAUAAUAGUAAUAAUGUUACGAAUCAACAUUUCGAUUCUACACCUGUCAUUAAGAGAUUAAAGACAAAGAUAAUGACAGGCUUGAUAAAGACACCAUCUAGUUCGAGAGUACACGAAGAUAGUCAACUGCCACUCAUGACUUGCAAUAUCGAUAGUUUCAAACCAGUAGGUCUCAAUCGUACGUUGUCAAUGCCCUAUAUCAAUGGCGGUACAAAGGUGAAACCAAAGUGGCCAACCAGACUGGUGAUCGUUAGACACGGUCAGUCGGAACAGAACGCACAGCUCGAUCUACCGAAUAAAGAGGAUAUCGAUAUUCUCUUGACAUCGAGUGUCAGAGAUGCCGACAUAAAACUUACGGCGCUAGGACGAUGGCAAAGUCAGCAGACAGGCCGCUAUCUAGCGACGACCGCCAAAUUCGACAUUUGUUUCAGUUCACCUUAUAUCCGUGCGAUCGACACCGCCGAGGAAAUCAUCAAUCAACUGCCAUACAAACUGAAGCGAUACACCAGCAAUUGGUUGCGCGAAAAGGAAUUUGGCAAUUUCCACGGCCUGACCGAAGAGGCUAUCAAGCAGACGUUCCCGCGCGAAUACCAGACGCGUAUGCGUGAAGGUAAAUACUGGUAUAAGAUGCCAUCAGGUGAGAACUAUUGUGAUGUUGAAGAAAGAGUACAUUCUUUUUUGGAGAAACUAUCUAGAGACUAUGCCGGUAGGAAUGUAUUGGUGGUUACACAUCAGGUUCCUUACAAACUAUUUAGAAGUCUAUUCCAACAUCUCGAUGAGAAAGGUGUGUUGGCGCUGGAGAAUGUUCAUAACUGUGGUAUACAAGAGUAUCUUUUAGAUACCACCAAAGCAGCGGAUGGUCGAAUGAAGUUAAAACAUUUCAAUUUCAAAUCAUAUGAUUUAAAAGAUUUACCAGAUAAUCUAAAAGAAAAUAAUAACAAUAAUAAACUCCAAUCAAAAAAAGCAUUAAUAUAA